UGUCAGCGCUGACAUGGCCCCUCUCCUCCUGCUCUUCUGGCUGGGCUCAGCCCUCUGUGCCCGGGAGCUGGUCCCCAAGCAAUGCCUGCUGGGCCCUGAGUUUUGGUGCAGGGAUCCGGGCACAGCAGCUCAGUGUGGACGGCAGCACGACUGCAAGCUCCUCGAGCAGCAAAUGCCCCAGCAGGGCUGGCGCAUCCAGGAGCAGGCCCUUUCCCCCAAGUGCACCAUCUGCACCCGCAUCCUGAAGAAGCUGAAGUCUAUGGUCGGCGACGACCCCGACGAGGACUCCAUCACCAAGGCCGAGGAGAAGCUGUGCAGGGCCGUGGGCUGGAGUCUGCGGCCCCUCUGCCGCUCUGUGAUGAAGAAGUUCAAGUCCAAGAUCAUGCAGGCGCUGCAGGACGGGCUGGAGCCCAAGGAGAUCUGUACCAGCCUGAGGAUGUGCCGGGCGUCCCCACCCACCCAAGGCGGCCUGGUGCCCCCCAGAGAUGCCUGUGACUUCUGCCUGACCCUCACCAGCCUGGCCCAGCCUGACCUGCAGCACGUGAGGCCUGGCUGGGACCUUGGAGACGUCCUGAAUGGCACAUGCAAGCGGCACUUUGGGGGUUCCCCCAGGUGCAACGACUUCGUCUCGACCUACCACGCCAGGCUGCUGCGGGUUCUGAGGGUGCCCCAGGACCCGCUCACCACCUGUCGGGACGCAGAUGCCUGCCAGCUGCCGGAGGAGCCCACCCGAGACGAGGCCAGCUCUGGCACCAACACCUGGGCAUGGCCAUGAGGCCUGGACUCGUGCACCCACAUCCACAGUGGGCAGCUCCCCCGCUGGCUCCGGGCAUGCCUCCACUGCUCCCCCCCAGCUCCGACAGCGCCCCCCGGUGUGUGACGGCUGGGAUGGCAGCAUUAACGCCUCUGACUUUCGCUUCUCCUCCCCGCUUUGGGCAAUAAAGGAUCAGUAUCGAC